AUGUUACGAAUAGUCGUCAUAUUUCUAGGACACAGCACUGUGCAUAUCAUUUUUAAGGAUCCGCUUAUCGAUUGUGCAAGUAAGAUUCAUGGAUUCAAAACACUGUGCUCUACAACAAUGGCAUUCCAUGCCUUUUUCCGUGCUCAACAUCCCCACAUAUGUGAAAAUAUACAACUAAUGCCAAUAGAAAUGGAAGCUACUGAAAGAAAAGUUGCAUCAAUAAAACCAUAUGCUCCGCUUGUUUAUAUGAUCCAACAGAGAAACAAUCUUCGCGAUGCAGUCAUGUGA